CCCUCCAACUCCAAGAACUUGAAUACAGCAACACUCAUACAGAGUGAGGCUGAGAGAAGAAAAUAACAACAAUGGCAUUCAAUCUCUGCUCUUCUCCGUCCUCUCUUUGUAAUUCUCUAUCUUCCCCUUCAAGAGAGUCACCCAAGCUAAGAUAUUUAAGAGUAACCACCGCUGUUCCACUAUCAAGAGCACCACCAUCUCUUCAAAUAACCCACGUCUCCUUAUCCGAACCAAUCACACAGCACCAAGAACACGGAACUCCACAGUACCCAGAUGCAAAAAAAGGCUCCUCUUCAAAAUCCUACAUCUGGGUCAAUCCCAAAAACCCCAGAGCCUCACAACUUAAGGAAAAAUCAUAUGAUGCUAGGUAUGCUUCUCUUGUUAAAAUAGCAGAGUCUUUAAAUUCAUGUAGCCCUAUUCAAGAAGAUGUUUAUGAAAUUCUGACUGGUUUAGGUGAUAAGGUGUUAGAUCAAGAUGCUGUUGUGGUAAUUAAUAACAUGUCGAACCCGGAAACCGCAUUGCUAGCACUUAGGUAUUUUUUAGAAAAGUUUAAGUUGAAGAAGGAGGUUAUUCUUUAUAAUGUUACCAUUAAGGUUUUGAGAAAGUGUAGGGCUUUUGUUAGAGCAGAGAAACUGUUUGAUGAAAUGCUUGAGAGAGGUGUUCAGCCUGAUAAUGCUACGUUUUCGACUAUUAUUAGCUGUGCUAGGCUGUCCAAUUUGCCUGAUAAGGCUGUUGAGUGGUUUGAGAAGAUGCCGAGUUUCGGUAUCAGUCCUGAUGAUGUUACUUAUUCCACUAUGAUUGAUUGCUAUGGCCGCGCUGGCAAUGUCGAAAUGGCUUUGAACUUGUAUGACCGCGCUAGAACGGAGAGGUGGCGGAUUGAUGCUGUGACGUUUUCAACUUUGAUUAAGAUUUAUGGGAUGUCGGGAAAUUUUGAUGGGUGCUUAAAUGUUUACGAAGAAAUGAAGGCUCUAGGGGCUAAGCCUAAUUUGGUUACUUAUAACACUUUGUUAGAUUCAAUGGGCAGGGCCAAGAGGCCUUGGCAGGUAAAGAAAAUCUACAAAGAAAUGAUCGACAGUGGUUUUAAACCAAGUUAUGUGACUUAUGCAGCUCUUCUUCGUGCUUAUGGUAGAGCUCGGUACGGUGAGGAUGCUCUUAUUGUGUAUAGAGAGAUGAAGGAAAAAAAUUUAGAGUUAAAUGUUAUUCUUUAUAAUACCAUAUUGGCCAUGUGUGCUGAUCUUGGCUUUGUGAGCGAAGCUAUUGAGAUAUUUGAGGACAUAAAGAGUUCUGGGACAAAUCCGGAUAGUUGGACUUUCUCGUCUAUGAUUACCGUUUAUUCUUGUAGUGGGCAAGUGUCUGAGGUGGAGAACAUGAUGAAGGAGAUGUUGAACGCUGGCUUCGAGCCUAACAUAUUUGUUUCCACAUCACUUAUCCAGUGUUAUGGGAAAGCCCAGCGUACUGAUGAUGUUGUAAGGACAUUCAAUCAGCUUCUAGAAUCAGGAGUAACGCCAGAUGAGCGUUUUUGUGGGUGUCUGCUAAAUGUGCUGACUCAAAUACCAAAGGAAGAACUUGGCAAGCUUGCUAACUGUAUUGAGACAGCUAAUUCGAAACUCGGCUCGGUGGUAAAAAUUCUGAUAGCAGAGGAAGUCAUCGAAGCAAAUUUCAAACAGGAAGCUUCUGAACUUUUUGAUUCUACUGGUGCUGAUGUAAGGAAGGCUUACUGCAAUUGCUUAAUUGACCUUUGCGUCAACCUCAAUAUGUUGGAGCGAGCAUGUGAGUUACUAGACCUAGGACUAACACUUGAAAUUUACAAAGACAUACAGUCUAGGUCAUCAACACAGUGGUCUCUCCAUCUGAAGAGUCUCUCUUUAGGGGCUGCUCUUACAGCGCUACAUGUUUGGAUAAAUGACUUGUCCAAGGCACUUGAAUCUGGAGAUGAGCUUCCGCCACUGCUUGGGAUCAAUACUGGACACGGAAAACACAAAUAUUCAGACAAGGGUUUGGCUGGUGUGUUUGAAUCUCAUCUGAAGGAACUAAAUGCUCCAUUCCAUGAGGAUUCAGAUCAGGUUGGUUGGUUCCUGACGACAAAGGUCGCGGCUGAGUCGUGGUUAGAAUCUAGAAAACAAACUGAGGCUGUUGCUGUCUAGGCACUAUUCUGAUGGAGAUUUUGCAUAUUUAGUGUCUAUACAUUGUAUGUGCUCCACAGAACCACUUUCCUCUGUUCCUGGUUUGAUCCCUCUCUCUAUGGAGAACUUAAUGAUGUGAGACUAUGAAAUUUGUUUACAUGUUAAGGGUUAUAGAGUUAAGGAAAUUAAAAAGAAAAAAAUAAGUAUAUUUAAUUAUCUUGGCUUUUUUAUCA